GGAGUCCUUCAUUAUUGUCACAAUCCUUACUCAAUCCGGAACCAUGGCGACAAAUCCAACUUCCAUUCCUGGCCAAAGGCCAAUCUCCAAAGCGGAGAGCUCCAAUCCCCGAGAAUUCCAGCUGAACCAGCUCAGACGCCGGUACAGCCCAACGGAGAAGACAGACGAUGCGGGCACAUCCCUCACCUUUGGCAUGGCCCCUUCAGAUCCGGAUUUUCCAUUCGAAAUGGAUAAGCUGCAGUGUGUGCUGCAUGUCCCAGCAUCGUACCCGGGACGAAUAAGACCCACGCUGAAGGUGACCAAUGCGGACAUGGGCCCCUCAUUUCAGGCCAAUGUCGAAAGGGGAUUUGACGAUAUCGUCGACACUACGAUUCGGACUGGCUCCAGAGGAUCACUAUUGACCUGGAUGAAUACGCUUGAUCGGAAUCUGGAACGGUUCCUGACGACCACAGAGCGAGGGCCAACCUUGAAGUUUGUCCCUAACAUCACCACCGGUAAGGACAAGCCGAGAGAGCCCGAGCGAAAUACACAGCUUCUUCAGCAAAAGCUUGCGCAAAUGCGCGUGUCCGCCCCGCCGCCACGACCUCCUCCUCCAGUGGCACCGGCGCCUGUCUACUCGCCGGCGGAGAAGGCGCAAGCAGAGAAGCGCAGGGCGCUAGAGACGAAGCAAAUCGAGGCGCGCCUUGGCCGACUUCCUAUGUUCCAGAAGUCGUCGGACGGGCUCUCCUUUACGAUCCCUGUCAACCCGACUAAGGUCGAUAGACUGCCCAUUCCACUGCGGUCAAUCAAGACGGUGAAAUUGAUGGUACCGCGCUUGUACCCACUUGAGCCUAGCAGGGUUCAUAUGCAGGGCGUUACCGGUGACGAGGCGCAGGCAGUAGAACUCGGAUUUUUGAAGUGGCUCGAAGGAAACAGUCAGCUGAACCUCGUGUCGCAGGUCAACUAUCUGACCAGCAACAUGCACAAUCUCGCUAAGACGCCCCUCGAAAAAGCCCCUGAUGUCGGUGUUGUCGAGGAACCCGUUGCAUUGGAACAGGAACUGCCCGAGUCUACGCUACCUCAGCCGGUACCACAGGGAGACAAGCCCCAUCUGCAUGUUGUACCCCGUCCACCUGAGUGGACCGUCGGCGGAGGCGGUAGUGGCAGCGAUGCCACAGACGAGACUGACGACGAAGACGACUUUUCUGACGAAGGGGAUGAAGACGGUGGUGCUCCUAUUCCCGGUCUUCCCGAGCCAACGAAAGAAAGCGGCGUCGCUCUUUCAUUCCCGUUCCUGGAGCUGUAUGGGAUCGAACUCAUGGAGCUGAUUGGUCUCAACAUCACAAUCAAAUGUGAGCGGUGCAAGGAAAUGAUGGAUGUGAAGAAAGUUCCACACACAAACGACAAGACUGGGUUACUGGUACCCAAGGUGGAAACGUGCAAAAAGUGCUCGAAUGCCAUGAGCGUUGGCUUCCGGCGGCAAUUGAUCCAUGCUAAUUCUAGUCGCGCUGGUUAUCUAGACCUAGACGGAUGUACAAUCGUCGAUCUUCUUCCUAGUAGCUUUAUCCCGACAUGCGCUGAAUGCUCGACAUCCUUCCCCGAGCCCGGGGUCGUCGCCGUCCGUGGAGAGAGCGCAAUGGCGAACUGUCGCCAGUGCCAUCGGAAAAUGGUCUUCAAAAUCCCCGAGGUCAAAUUCUUGAAAGUAGGAUCAGCAGCCUUCUCAGCGAGAGAUCGUGGCCCCCAGCGAAAGAAGCCCAAGGAAGUCCUCGGCAUCGUCGCCGGACAAGAAUUACCCCGUCGGGGCCGCUGCUCGCACUACGGGAAAAGCUACCGCUGGUUCAGAUUCAGCUGUUGUGCGAAGGUCUUCCCCUGCGACAAAUGCCACGACGCAGAAACAGACCAUCCCAACGAACACGCCAACCGCAUGAUCUGCGGCUUCUGCUCAAGAGAGCAAAUCUACCGACCCGAAAACUGCGGCGUCUGCCGCGCAGUCCUCGUAGGCAAAGCCGGGAGUGGCUUCUGGGAGGGCGGAAAGGGGACGAGAAAUAGGGCGCUUAUGAGCAGGAAGGAUCCGCGCAAGUUUAAGCGACGGGGUGGGACUACGCCUGGUGGUGCUGGGUCUUCGAAGAAGAAGUGAUCUGUGUCUUUCUUUGGUGGUUGGGUUGGAAUUCUGAGGCAUGUUGCACGAAGGCAUGAAGACAUACAUACCGCUAUUCUUAGACAAUGUGAUUGAGAAUAUGAUGGUUGUACUGUCAAUGUGGGCAGUGUGGGUCAAAUUCCAUAUCAAUCCGAAGGGCACAUCACUACCAAAGAAUUAGCCUGUCAAAACAAUGCACAUAUAC